AUGAUCGGUAGUAAUAGCGUCUACUCACCGGCCGACCACUCUCUCUUGCCAAACCCUGACCUCUGCAUCACGAUCGAAGAUGGGUCUCCGUCUCCGAGCAGCGAGCAGAUGGUUAUAGAAACCGGAGAGGAUCUUCAACUUGCAAUCGGAGAGAACCCUGAUCUAGAAAUUGACCUUGAAAAUGAUUGCGACGGAUUGCUUGAAAUGGCUGGUGACUUCUCCGGAGGAGAAAAGUGUGCGAUGAUUCCUCCUGCUACGGGAAUGGAAUUCGAGUCGUACGACGAUGCGUACAGUUACUACAACUCGUACGCGAGAGAGGUGGGAUUUGCAAUCAGGGUCAAGUCUUCAUGGACAAAGCGUAACAGCAAGGAGAAACGCGGCGCAGUCUUGUGCUGCAACUGUGAAGGUUUCAAGAUGGUUAAAGAAGCAAACAGCCGGAGAAAGGAGACGAGAACGGGUUGUCAGGCCAUGAUUCGUCUCAGAUUGAUCCAACUUGAUCGAUGGAAAGUGGAUCAAGUCAAACUCGACCACAACCACUCUUUCGAUCCUGAAAGAGCCCACAACUCCAAGUCUCACAAGAAGAACUUUGGUGCUACCAAAAUAAAACCACAAGCACCACCUCCCCAUGUUCAAGUCCGGACUAUCAAGCUGUAUAGAAGCCUUGCUGCUUCUGCCAUUGACACACCAAACUCUAGCGGGGAGACGAGUCAUGAUCCCUUGCACUCUUCAAGGCGUUUGGAGCUCAGAGGAGGAGGUUUCAGGGUCUUGCAGGAUUUCUUCUUCCAGAUUCAGCUUACAAACCCAAACUUCCUCUACUUGAUGGAUCUUGGCGAUGACGGGAGCCUCAGGAAUGUCUUCUGGGUUGACGCUCGAGCUAGGGCUGCUUACUCUCACUUUGGCGACGUCCUUGUCUUUGACACAACAUGUUUAUCAAACACGUACGAGCUUCCCCUUGUUGCCUUUGUUGGAAUAAACCACCAUGGAGACUCCAUCUUGCUCGGCUCUGCUUUGGUUUCCGACCAGAGCUGUGAGACCUAUGUCUGGCUCCUGAGAGCGUGGCUAACGUGCAUGUUAGGCCGUCACCCACAGACCUUCGUCACAGAGCAUUGCAAGGCAAUUCAGACUGCAGUCUCUCAGGUUUUGCCUAGGGCUCACCACCGUCUUAACCUGACCCACGUCUUGCAGAGCAUUCUUGAGAGCCUUGUCGGACUAGAAGAUUAUGAGUCGUUCCGGAUGGCGCUCAACAGCGUGGUCUACGGUUUUCUCAAGGUCGAGGAAUUUGAAAUAGCUUGGGAAGAGAUGGUCGUUCGGUUUGGGCUGACAAAUCACGAGACCAUCCGGGGCUUGUUUCAAGAUCGACAACUAUGGGCUCCUGUCUACCUCAAGGAUACAUUUUUGGCAGGGGCGCUGACUUUUCGACUGGGAAAUGGAGCAGCCCCGUUCAUCUUCAGUGGCUACGUUCACCAGCAAACAUCCCUGAGAGAAUUCCUUGAAGGCUACGAACCGUUUCUAGAUAACAAGUACAAGAGGGAAGCCUUGUGCGAUUCAGAGUCCUCCAAGUCAAUCCCGGAGCUCAGAACAACGCACCCUUACGAGUCUCAGAUGGCGAAGGUGUUCACUAAGGAGAUAUUUACAAGGUUCCAAGAGGAGGUCUCGGCAAUGUCUUCAUGUUUUGGAAUAACGCAAGUCCACUCGAACGGCUCGGCCUCCUCCUACGUGGUGAAAGAAGGGGAAGGAGAGAAAGUAAGAGACUUUGAGGUCAUCUACGAGACAAGUGCAGCAGCACAGGUACGUUGCUUCUGUGUCUGUGGUGGUUUCAGCUUCAACGGAUACCAAUGCAGACACGUCCUCGCCCUCCUCACCCACAACGGCUUGGAGGAACUCCCGUCUCACUACAUACUGCAACGGUGGCGCAAGGACGUGAACCGUCUUUAUGUGGCGGAUUUCGGGUCAGGCCGUGUGGACAUAAUGAAUCCGGUCCAAUGGUACGAGCAUUUGCACAGAAGAGCGUUGCAGGUUGUUGAGCAAGGCAUGAGAUCGAAAGAGCACUGCAGAGUUGCCUGGGAAGCCUUUAAAGAGAGUCUGAAUAAGGUUCACCUUGUGACAGACGAGCCUUCUUGA